GCAGUGUGCAGUGAUUAAAUGAAGCCCACUGCUCUCUUGGUGGGUAGACCCUCACUGAUUAUGAAUCUUGUCAUGAAAAAAACUUUAACACCAAUUCCUACUAUUAUAAAUCACAUCAUCCUAUUCCUAGCCACUAACUUCAUUUCCCUCUAGCAAGAAAUCACAGACACCAUGCAUAACCUCAGCAACAUUAUGAGGAUUCUCCUAUCAAUCUUAGCAAUCUCAUCUCUUCUUCUCCUACUACUCUCAUCAACAACAACAACAAACAAAGCCAUCAUCACAAAGAAAAUCCACAAUGUCGUCUCCAAAUCAUCACCAUUACACGUCCAUGAUGAAAAUCUCCAAGUUGCACAUUCCAACUGUGAAGGGACUCUAUACCCAGAGCUUUGCAUUUCGACUCUCGCUUCUUUGUUCCCUGGCACCAGCCUGAAAAGAAAGUCGAUAGCAGAACUUAUCUCUGGAAUUAUUAACCAUACCGUCGACAUUGUGAAGAUUUCAGCUUCUAAUUGUACUGGAAUCAAGAACAAAUUCGGAAGCGAAAUCGAUACACGUGAAAACCGAGCUUUAGACGACUGUCUUGAGCUUUUCGAAGAUACCAUUCUUGAUCUUAGUGAUGCUUUAUCCGAUUUGCAGUCGCGAAAUACAUCUGCCAAGCGUUACCAUCAUUUACAGACAUUGUUUAGUGCUUCAAUGACGAACCAGUUUACGUGCCUUGACGGGUUCUUUUAUAGUAAAGGGAAGAUACGGAAACAAAUUGAGAAAAGAUUGUAUAGAAUUUCUCAGUUGGUUUCUAAUUCACUUGUAAUGUUGGAAAAAAUUCCAAAAGAGCAGAAGAAAACUGACCAGCAAGUGUUUCCCGAGUACGGUGAAAUGGUGGAUGGGUUUCCAAGAUGGGUAACUAGAAAAGACCGACGACUGUUGCAAGCUUCUACAAAUGCCACUGCAAUGAGUGCCGAUUUGGUGGUGGCGAAAGACGGCAGCGGAAAUUUUACGACAAUAAGUGAAGCGGUGGAAGCUGCACCCAAGUCCUCAACCAAGAGAUUUGUUAUUUAUAUCAAGGAAGGAGGAUAUUUUGAAAAUGUAGAAGUAGUGAAGAAGAAAACCAUGCUCAUGUUCAUUGGUGACGGAAUUGGAAAAACAGUUGUGAAGGCUCACCGGAAUGUUGUUGACGGCUGGACUACUUUCCGAUCAGCUACCGUCGCUGUGAUGGGUAAAGGAUUUAUUGCAAGAGAUAUGACAUUUGAGAACUCAGCUGGUCCAAGCAAACACCAAGCUGUUGCAUUGCGAAGCGGAGCGGACCUGUCAGCAUUUUACCGGUGCAGUUUCGUGGGUUACCAAGAUACUCUUUACGCACAUUCGCUUCGACAGUUCUACAAAGAGUGCGACGUAUACGGCACAGUCGACUUCGUGUUUGGCAAUGCCGCAGUGGUGCUUCAAGACAGUAAUUUAUAUGCACGCAAACCAAAUCCAAAUCAGAAGAAUAUUUUCACUGCUCAAGGAAGAGAAGACCCAAACCAGAAUACUGGGAUCUCAAUCUUGAAUUGCAAAGUUACUGCAGCAGCUGAUUUGAUACCAUUCAAGUCUGAAUUUCAGACGUACUUGGGAAGGCCUUGGAGACAAUAUUCAAGAACCGUUUACUUGAAUUCAUUAAUUGACGAUGUUGUUGAUCCCCGGGGAUGGUUAGAAUGGGAUGGUGACUUUGCAUUAAGUACAUUAUACUAUGGAGAAUAUAUGAACAGAGGACCCGGAGCCAAUACUAUUAGUAGGGUGAAUUGGCCGGGUUACAGGGUUAUCAACAGUUCUAUGGAAGCAAAUCAAUUCACAGCAGAAUCAUUUAUCCAGGUUAGCGACUGGCUACCUUCCGAUAACAUCCCAUUUUACUCUGGUUUGAACUAAAUUGUGCAUCCAAAGCUAAAUGAAUAAUGAUAUGAAGCUACACUCUUGGUUCCUAGCUUUAUUAGUUGAGUUACUUGACAGAUGGUUUUGAAGACCAUCAAACUGAGUAAUCGGUUUUCAUCAGAAUUGAAAAAACAUGAGAUUAUAAUAAAAGUUGUAUUCAUUACCAA